GAUGCAGUGACCUAUGAUGAUGUGCAUGUGAACUUCACUCGGGAAGAGUGGGCUUUGCUGAAUCCUUCCCAGAAGAGUCUCUACAAAGAUGUGAUGCUAGAGACUUACAGGAAUCUCCAGGCUAUAGGCUACAGUUCAGAAGACCACACUAUUGAAGAACAGUGUCAAAGAUCUAGACGACAUGGAAGGCAUGAAAGAAAUCAUACGGAAGAGAAACCCUCUGAAUAUACUCAAUGUGCUAAAGCCGUCACAUAUCAGAAUCAUUCUCAAAGCCAUAAAAGAUCACAUACUGGAGAGAAGCCCUACAAAUGCAGUCACUGUGGUAAAGCCUUUGCACUUCAGAGUAUUCUUCAAAUACAUAAAAGAACACAUCCUGGAGAGAAAAUUCAUGAGUGUAAUCAAUGUGGUAAAGACUUUGCAUGUAACAGUGAUCUUCAAAGGCAUGAAAGAACACAUACUGGAGAGAAACCCUAUGAAUGUAAUCAAUGUGGUAAAGCCUUUGCACAGCACGGUCAUCUUCAAAGGCAUGAAAGAACACAUAGUGGAGAGAAACCUUAUGAGUGUAAUCAAUGUGGUAAAGCCUUUGCACAUCAUACGAAUCUCAGAAUACAUAAAAGAUCACAUACUGGAGAGAAGCCCUACAAAUGCAGUCACUGUGGUAAAGCCUUUGCACAUCAGAGUAUUCUUCAAAUACAUAAAAGAACACAUACUGGAGAGAAACCCUAUGAAUGUAACCAAUGUGGUAAAGCCUUUGCACGUAGCAGUCAUCUUCAAAGGCAUGAAAGAACACAUAGUGGAGAGAAGCCUUAUGAGUGUAACCAAUGUGGGAAAGCCUUUGCAUGUAACAGUUAUCUUCAAAUGCAUAAAAGAAAACAUACUGGAGAAAAGCCUUGUGAGUGUAGUCAGUGUGGUAAAACCUUUCCAAGUAACCCUUAUCCUCAAAAGCAUGAAAGAACACAUACCUAUUGA